AUGGACGACUGCCUCACCUUCGUUCUAUAUUGCCUGCGUAAAGCCUAUCACCGUUGCGUUGACCACCUGCGUCGCCAUGUUCACAUCGAAGAUCCGCAGAAAUCCAACCUCGUGGACAUUGGCAGGCGCAUAAUCAAUAUAUUGGCUGAUAACGAAGAGGAUGAGGAUCUCCUCCGUCCUCCAGAGAUUCCUGCGGUACCCGACAUUGACCUGAAGCGUCACCUGGAAACCCUAAAGGAAAGGGGACCUGCACAGAAGCCGUCAACCCUCUCAGAUAUCUCCGAGGUGAGUGAGGACUCCUUCGAGGAUGGUGUGGUCUGGGACGUCGGUAGGCCUCCGAGUCACCGGUCGCAGAAGCCCAAGCGUAGUUCGCCAGUGCCAACAGCCGCCGAUUUACUGCAAGUCAGGGGCCAAAGAGCAAGUGAAUUUGUCAUUAAACCCGUGGGUGUAGUGCGCCAUCAGCAUCGAGGGCAGCACAAAGACUCCAGCAAAGUCGUCAAGCCUAACAGGCCUCUGGCCAUCUUCUCUGAAGAGGCUAAGAAGAAGAUGCCUGUGCUGAAGAGCUUUCUAAAUUCAAAGCCAACGGACAAGCCCAAGUCCUCCCUCACCACUGCGCAGGACCUCAUUAACUUUCUCAACACUUCUGAAAUGACCCCACAGAAGAGAGAACUUGUAAACGCUUGCCAAGAAAUACUCGAAAUGGAUGUUGCAACAAUGGGAGAGAUGCGGAGCUUAAUGCUUAAUCAAAUAGACUCUAUUCCGUCUAAGGUUGGCAUGAAAGGUGCUGUUGGAAAGACUUUUAACUUCCUUAACCUCUUCAAGACUGCAAUGACUCCUACAAGGCGCAAGACCCUCGCGGCAGAGCCGAAACUGCGGAGCAUCUAUGUGAACGCUCUGCUGGAUGAACUCAAACGAGCGAUGAAUGAGAUCAAGAAGCUGUCCGCGGCAGAGCGUGUACUAUGGCUUUCCCUGCCCGAGAACUAUGAGCAGACGGCAGAAGCCUACCGGCAAAUAGCAAAAAUAUUAGAUGAAAAUGUACUGCAGGACUCACAGAGAGAACCGAUUGUCCAGUUUGUGCUGCAAGACCUUCUCGACUGCAUGACACUCAUUGAUCCUGCGGCUGGCCUUUCCGAUCAGGAGAGGCAGGUUCUCUUUGACCGAUGCAUGGCCGCAGUGGAUGUCCUCGAGUGGUUCGGCAUCGAAACCAGGGAGUUCGCUCAAAAACUUGCGGUAAGUUUUUCUGACUUCUCUUCCGGCGCAACCAAAGGCCGUUGGCAGAGGUAA